CGCAGAGAGACAGCAAGACAGGAGGGGUCAGACAGGAAGGUACGAGUAGGGGUGCAGGUUUCUCUGCUCUUGCCCAUCCCCGUUGAUGCAAGGUGAAAACACUUCGCUUUCCGAGUGACUUCAGACCUCAGUGCAUCGCUUCCCACUCCGUCCUGAUUACCUUGGGCCGGCAGAGGUAUGGCAUCAGGGUAGGAGGCGCGUGGGUCCAAAUCUGUGCUUCUGGAAAUUCUUCAAAUCAAGACUUUUGCAGUGGGAUUUAGAUGUGGAAUUGGGAAAGUUUUUAAGGAUAAAAGGAGAAAAAGACCUUCGAUAUCAAAGGACUCUUAAAAGGAAGGACUGAAUCCCCAGGUGGAUCACUAAAAUGAAUAUGGUCUUUUCAUCCAAGAAACACAAAUCCCUUUUCCCCCUCCUCUUCCUCCUCUAUGUCCCUCUCACCUGUCUAUGCCAGCCGACCAACAGCAGUUCAAACAAUACCACAACCAACACCCCAACCACUUCUUCGAAUGGGACUUCCCUGAAGGGCGUGCCAGGCUGUAACAAAAGACUGAACCCCAUCUACAGGUACCUGUGUGACCGCCGGGCAGCGUGGGGUAUUGUCCUCGAGACCCUGGCCUCUUCAGGCUUCCUGUUGAGCAUGGGUCUCCUGUUAGCCCUGCUGCUCUGGUCCUUGUGGAUCUGUAUUGCGUCCAAGCAGCGCAGCAGCAUCGGAGGCACAGUGGCCUCCAUGUCCAUGUUUUUGGUCGCCACAGCUGGGAUCUUUGCCAUCACAUUCUCCUUCAUCAUCCGUCUCACCGAACAGACAUGCCCUACCAGGAUCUUCCUCUUCGGCGUGCUCUUCUCCCUGGCCUUCUCCUGCCUGCUGGCCCGCUGCCUCGCUCUGCUAGGCUUUGCAGCAGCCCGAGGCUGGGGCGAGCCCGCCCUGGCCCUGGGGCUCUUCAUCGUGCAGGUUAUCAUCGCUACCCAGUGGCUGAUCCUCGUGUUGGUACGGGACAAGAACUACUGCGAGUACAGCCAGGAGGAAUUUGUCAUGCUGCAGAUCUACGUGCUCUGCAUCCUGGCUAUCAGCUUGAUCCUGUCCCUGCACUUCCUGUGCCGCUCCUGCUUCACAUACAGCUACAGCUACUCCGGGGCCGCCCGCCAGCAUGGGAGGGCGCAGGCCACGCUGCUCUGCCUCACAUUGUUGCUCUCUGCCUCCAUCUGGGUGGUGUGGAUCGCUAUGCUCACCAGGGGAAACCCUGAGUUGGACCAUCGGCCACAAUGGGAUGACCCAGUGCUUAGCAUCGCCUUGGUGGCAAAUGGCUGGGUGUUACUGAUGGGGCAUGGGCUGUCCCAGGUCGCAUUCCUCUGCAGGGGGGAGGCCAUGUCGAAGGAAAUCCCUCUGAGCUUUGCAGGCUGGACCAGCCCCAGUGCUGAUAUCCCAGGACUGAACAGUCCGAAGGAAGGGAAAGAAAACGGAAGCUUUGAGUCAGAGGGUGACAACAAGAGAGGCAGGAGAACGGAGCAAUCGCUGCGAUCACCCUACGAGUCUGAAUUCUCCAUGACAGAAAUCGACCCUGACAAAGAUUUCUCCAUCCCUCGCCCUCAGACCACCAACUACAGAGAACCUUAUGACGACUAUUACGGAAAUGAUUAAAAUCACACGCGCGCCAAAAACCAAAAGCGAGGGUGACCCAACCGCACUAAUCUGUACUUGGCACAAAAAUGUGGGGUUUUUUGUCCAAAUGUAAAUAUAUUCAUCUAGUUUUAUAAGAAAUGUUAUUUCAAAUCUGCCACGAAGAGGCUAAAAUCCUCCAUCCCAAAAAGAAGAAGGAAAAUGAAAAAAAAAAAAGGAGAGAGAGAGCGGUAUGACUCAUCUGCUCGUGUUUCAUCGUGAUCAAGGCUGGAUGGAUUCAGGUAGUCAGGCUUUCUUCUGGGAGGGAAAUCCACAUCACAAAUGCUGAGUGGAAGUCUCUAUGGUAGUGUGUGUGUGUGUGUGUGUGUGUGUGUGCAACUCUGAGAUGGUAUAUAAUAGCCCUGAGGUGAUAGAAGAGGCGUGAAACUGUCACUCUGAAGGUGCCAAACUGCUGAGCAGAGCAGAGGCAUCUGUGAGCGGUGGAGAGGAGGGAUAACAGGGAGAGGAGAGGAAUGGGGGAGAUUAGAUGAAAUGAGACGAGACAAGAAGAGGGCAGGACAGGAGACGUGUCGGCACUGUGGGAGGCUCGUGCCAUCACUGAUUAACAUCUUCAUAUUCAAAGUUACAUUACAGUUCUGUCGGUGAUGCGGUGCC